GAGGACCCGGAUGAUCCCGCCCCCAGAGGGGAGCCGGAAGAGGGCGGGACGAACCGGAAGAAGGUGAAAUACUUUGGGUAGGCACUCCAUGGCUGUGAAGAUGGCGUCGGCUGCGUGGCUUCAGGUGUUGCCUGUCAUUCUUCUUCUUCUUCUGGGGGCUCCCACGUCCCCACUGUCACAUUUCGGUGUAGGACCGGCAUCCGUGGCAGCUGCCGACCGAUCCAAGUGGCGCAUACCGAUAUCGUUGGGGAAAAAUUAUUUUAGUUUUGGAAAGAUCCUCUUCAAAAAUACUACUAUCUUCCUGAAAUUUGAUGGAGAACCUUGUGACGUAUCUUUGAAUAUAACCUGGUAUCUGAAAAGUGCUGACUGUUAUAAUGAGAUAUACAACUUCAAGACAGAAGAAGUGGAGACAUACUUAGAAAAUCUUAAGGAAAAAAAAGGCUUGUCUGGGAAAUAUCAAACAUCAUCAAAAUUGUUCCAGAACUGCAGUGAACUCUUUAAAGCACAGAGCUUUUCUGGGGAAUUCAUACAUCGAUUGCCUCUCUUAGGAGAAAAACAGGAGUCUAAGGAGAAUGGAACAAAUCUUACCGUUACUGGAGACAAAACUGUAAUGCAUGAUCCAUUGAAAACUUGGCAAGAUGCACCAUACAUUUUUAUUGUACAUGUUGGCAUUUCAUCCUCUAAGGAAUCAUCAAAAGAAAAUUCCCCAAGUAGUCUUUUUACCAUGACUGUUGAAGUGAAAGGUCCCUAUGAAUACCUCACACUUGAAGACUAUCCUCUGAUGAUUUUUUUUAUGGUGAUGUGUAUUGUAUAUGUCCUGUUUGGUGUACUGUGGCUGGCAUGGUCUGCUUGCUACUGGAGAGAUCUCCUGAGAAUUCAGUUUUGGAUCGGUGCUGUCAUCUUCUUGGGAAUGCUUGAGAAAGCUGUCUUCUAUGCAGAAUUUCAGAAUAUCCGAUACAAAGGAGAAUCUGUCCAAGGUGCCCUGAUCCUUGCAGAGCUGCUUUCGGCUGUUAAACGCUCACUGGCUCGAACCUUGGUCAUCAUAGUCAGUCUGGGAUAUGGCAUUGUCAAGCCUCGCCUUGGUGUUACCCUCCACAAGGUUGUGGUAGCAGGAGCCCUUUAUCUUUUGUUCUCCGGCAUGGAAGGGGUCCUCAGAGUUACUGGGCAUUUUUCUUAUCCCUUGGCUUUGAUAGUAAACCUGGCCCUCUCAGCAAUUGAUGCCUGUAUUAUUUUAUGGAUAUUUAUUAGUCUGACUCAAACAAUGAAGCUAUUAAAACUUCGGAGGAACAUUGUAAAACUCUCUUUAUACCGACAUUUCACCAACACGCUUAUCUUGGCGGUGGCAGCAUCUAUCGUGUUUAUCAUCUGGACCACCAUGAAGUUCAGGAUAGUGACUUGUCAGUCGGAUUGGCGGGAGCUGUGGGUAGACGAUGCCAUCUGGCGGUUGCUAUUCUCUAUGAUCCUCUUUGUCAUCAUGGUUCUGUGGCGACCAUCUGCAAACAACCAGAGGUUUGCCUUUUCACCAUUGUCUGAGGAAGAGGAGGAGGAUGAACAAAAAGAACCAAUGCUGAAAGAAAGCUUUGAAGGAAUGAAAAUGAGAAGUACCAAACAAGAACCAAAUGGAAAUAGUAAAGUAAACAAAGCACAGGAAGAUGAUUUAAAGUGGGUAGAAGAGAAUGUUCCUUCAUCUGUGACAGAUGUAGCACUUCCAGCCCUUCUGGAUUCAGAUGAGGAACGAAUGAUCACGCACUUCGAAAGGUCCAAAAUGGAGUAGGAAUGGGAAGAUUCGCAGUUGAAGAUGGCUAGUGACUGGGAAGAGAUCAGCUUCUGUGUCAGUCUCUGCACUGCUCCGUGGGAUUAAAGGAGGCAAUGACAUCCUGAUCUGUUCCUUGAUCUUUGUGCAUUGGAGCUGGCGAAAGGUCUUGCAACAAGGAGAGCAUUCUAUUGAAAACAAGUUCAUAGGAUGAGAAAAACUUACAAGUUUUUUAUUUGCAGCAUUGAUGCCCCUUUCUCUUCCUUACCCUGACGUGGAUGUUUAUGCAACUUUUAUAUAUGUUGUUCCUGAACCUCCUAUAAUGUUUAAAUUGUUUAAUCUGUCACACUAAAAAGUUUAACAUCUCCUAAAGAACUACGACAUCAAUGCCAUAAUAUGUAAUAUCCAGGAGCAACUGCCUGUAAUUUUUAUUUAUUUAGGGAGUUAAAUAGGUGAUGGGGAAAAUUGUUAAUUAUUUUUGCAUUUCCUGGGAAGCCAAGGUUAAAUCUUGCAGGCGUAGUUUUGAGAAAAAAAAAGAAUCCUUUUGUGUUAAGGAGCCACGGUUCUAUCAAUGAUUAAAAGAACAAAAAAAAAAAAAAAAAAGAGAGAGACUGUUACAGUAUAAUUAAGAUCAUUUGAAAAGCGAAAUCAAGUGCAAUUUUGUUUACAAAUGGUGUAUAUUGAAGAUUUUUCUAUUUCAGAUGUACUUUAGAGAGAAAUAUUAGCUUAACUCUUUUGACAUCUGCUAUUGUGACACAUCCCAUUGCUGGCAAUGUGGUGCACACUCCAGAACUUUUAACUACUGUUUUGUAAGCCUCCAAGGACGGCAUUGCGGGAGUUCUAGGCAGUGCUUUGUUUGCUUUCAUGCCUUUCACUGGGUGUUGCACUAGAUGCAGAGAGGCAGUCCAUCUUAAGUGCAUGUGAGUGAGCACCCUGCUAAAGGGAUUACAGUGCUUCAGAAGCGGGAGCUAAUAUAAAAGAAACAGGUCCUUCUGGCUUAAACAAUUUUUUCUGCAUGAAAUAGUGUGGAGGCCCUGGACUGCUGCUCAUUGUUUAGGAUCAACUGUUCUUGUAUUGGUGUUGGUUCAGCGGUUGUUUAUAAGAAACAUCACAAGGUGAUGGGAUUCAUUUGAAGCACUAUAUUUGUUUGAAUGGUUUUGUCCAGUUUUGCCUUCCCAAGAUUUUUGUUCUGCAUAGAAAGUUCAUACCACUUUUUAAUAUUAAAAAAAUUUUAACAAAA